UUACUCACCGGGCGCCGCGCACCGCCCUCCUCCAGCCUAUAAAACAGAGUGAGCAGGCGAGAAGUGUGAACUGUUUCCGGAUCUGUUGAAACCUUGCGCUGUACCAGCUUCGCCCGCCCGGCUCAACCAUGACAAAGAAGGGUGUAGCUGUCAUUCUCUCCGGCUGCGGGGUAUAUGACGGCUCCGAGGUGCACGAGUCCUCGGCGAUAAUGGUGCAUCUCAGCCGAGCUGGAGUCGAGGUACAACUCUACGCCCCUAAUGUGAUGCAGAUGCACGUUGUGAAUCAUUUGAGCGGCCAGCCCACCGAGGAAGCGCGUAAUGUCCUAGUCGAGAGCGGCCGCAUCGCCAGGGGCAACGUCAAAGAUCUGGCCGAGCUCAAGAUCAAUGAAUGGGACGCACUGAUCAUCCCAGGUGGCUUUGGGGUUGCUAAGAAUCUGAGCAACUGGGCAGUCAAAGGAAAGGACUGCAGUGUGGAGGGAACAGUGGAAACAGUGAUAAAGAAAUUCCAUGCUACGAAGAAACCCAUUGGUCUCUGCUGUAUCUCUCCCGUGCUGGCUGCUAAGCUCAUUCCUGGAUGUGAGCUAACUGUGGGCUGUGACACAGAAUGUGAAAAGUGGCCUUACGCCAAAACAGCCGAGGCAUUGAAAGAGCUUGGCUGCCAACACGUCAACAAGCAGGUCAAUGAAAUACACAUCGAUAAGAAAAAUAAAUUGGUGACAACUAGUGCUUUCAUGUGCAAUGCCCCCAUCCAUGAGAUUUAUGAUGGAAUUGGAGAAAUGGUGAAAGAAGUCUUGAAGCUUGUAUAAAUUAUGAAUUAAAUGAACAUAAUUAAAAUGUUUCUCAUUGUGUUCUCAAAGAGCAUAAACUACUAAUCUUGUUAGAAUGUGUGUUUGUUUGCACAGCUAGUUAAAAUGGUUUGCUUUGUGGAAAUACUUAAAGAUGUCUGUCUGUUUCUAUAAGCUGUAUGCAAAGCAAUAAACAGGUCAUAAAUGCUGUUCCCAGGUGGCAGAGUUGCCAGCAGCCCUGCAGCAACCGGAACGUCCAUUCUGCCAGUCUUCCAAAUGCAAUGUUCUAAUGUACAGGCUGUACAAAUGUCUGGCAUUCAUAACUUGGAAUGGACCUGUAUUCCAUAAUAUCAAGUACUAUUAUUUGAAUUUCAAAUGUUUUGAGACAACGUAGGAAAUGCAGAUGUCUGUAAAACAAAUUAUUAAAGUAAUCAAAAUGUAGAAA